AUGCAACUCGUUUCCGAAUCUCCGACUGCGCCCCCGUCCCUAACGGAUCCAUUCGUAGACAGGCAAGGGCAGGCAAGUUUCGAUAUUUUCAAUGUUUGGUGCCGAAGGAAAUCAGCUCCUCUAUAUUGUGGCCAGGACGACGUUGAUUUGAGAAACGAGGGCGGGUGUGAAACCAGCGGAAAGAUUCCCAUCAUGCCCCCGCUCGGGGUCAUCCGGCGCUACCGUUGA